UCUGAAAGGCUUCGCAGGAAACGAGUACAUCGUUGAAAUGGGUCGUUUCCGGUGAGGAGUAGGUGCGUAAUGUUUUGGUUUGGUAGCUAGCUCAGCAGCUAAAACUCCUCAGAAUCUACAUCUUUAAACGUUACAGGAGACCUCGAUGGGAGUCGACCAGACGGACCCGGAGGUGCCGGAGGACGCGGUGGGAAAGCGGGUGUCCUGCGGCGGGGAGCGGGCCACGGUGCGGUACGUGGGCCCGGUACCGCCGACAGCAGGGCUGUGGCUGGGUGUGCAGUGGGAUAACCCCGACAGAGGCAAACACGACGGCAGCCAUGAAGGAGUCCAGUAUUUCUCCUGCAGACACUCUAAAGGAGGCUCCUUCGUCCGUCCAGCCAAGGUGAGCUUCGGAGUGGAUUACCUGACCGCCGUGCGACAGGUGUACCGGAUCGACACGGAGGAGGUGCUGAGCGAGGAGAUCUCCAUCUCCUCCAAGAAGCUCAAAUGGGGGAGCAUCAAGGAGCGCAGCUUCGAGAGUCUUCCAUCAGUGAUACUGAGUCACUGUGAGGUGAACGGCCCCGGAGAGCAGGACGGAGAGAUCAGGACCACAACUCCCAACGUGGAGUGGUUGGACCUCAGCGGGACUCUGCUGUCCUGCUGGGAGGACGUGGCUGCCAUCACCCAGCAGCUGGACAGACUGGAGGGACUGCAGCUCAGCUGUAACAGGCUGCGUUUGCCCUCUGAGCUCUCGGCUCACUGCCAGGCUUUCUGCAGCCUCAAAGUCCUCGCGCUCAACAGCUGCGACCUCACCUGGCCACAGAUCCUGGAGUGCGCCCCCAUGUGGCCACAGCUGGAGGAUCUCUGUGUGGAGGAGAACAACAUCACAGAGCUGCAGAGGCCGGAGGGAGUCCUGCAGACGCUGAGGAGUCUGAAUCUGUCCUGUAAUCCUCUGGUCCAGGACUCAGUGCUCAGUCUGUCUGCUCUGCCCAGACUGGAGCAGCUGAACUUGUCCAAGACCGGACUGUCUGUCAUUCGAUUUGAUGACGCUGCUCCAGGAUCUCAAACAGCCAUGUUUCCAGCUCUGAAGAAUCUCAACCUGAACCACAACAGCAUCACUGAGUGGUGUGUGGUGGACGAGUUGGCGAAACUUCCCAGUUUGGUUCAGUUUUCGUGUCGUGGAAACCGACUGGUGAGCAGCGAUGGGAACCCCAAAACAGCCAAUCAGAUGCUGAUCGCCAAACUGGGACGACUGGUCGUCCUCAACAGCAGCGAGAUAUACCCUGAGGACAGGAGGGGGGCAGAGCUCGACUACAUCAAGAUGUUUGGAGAGGAGUGGCUGAAGGCAGGGGGGCGGAGUCAGGCCAGCACCCAGUUCACCUGUCUGCACCCUCGUUACCAGAGCCUCAUCGACAAGUAUGGAGCUCCAGAGGAAGGAGAGCUGAAGAAGCCGGAGCCGUUCGCCCUGAAAAAUCAGCUGUUAAAGAUUACGUUUGCGUUCCCUGACGACGCCGAGCGGAAGCCGAUAGAGAAGAAACUUCCAGCCACCAUGGUCGUUCAGAAGGUGAAGGGACUCCUGUACAGACUCCUGAAGGUUCCUGCAGCAGAUCUGAAGCUCACCUACACCAGCCCCAAGAUGGUGGGGACAGAGUUUGAGAUCGACAGCGACUUGAAGACUCUGCAGUUUUACUCCAUAGAGGACGGAGACCAGGUGCUGGUCCGCUGGUCCUAACCCGGGACCAGGAGGAUGAGGUGAGGACCCAGAGACAGACCAGAAGCUUCAAGGACUGAACUUGAACUUCAGACUGUGGACGCUGUCCUCCGCUGUGGACGAGGACGCUCAGACUGACACUGAGCGUGUUUGACUUCAUGACCGUGUUUCAGACAUUAAAGCUCAGCGACGCUCGACUUUACUGGAUUCUAUUGAACAAUCGUCCAAGAACUGAAGAGGUGAACAGCAAACAGACCUUUGACACACUAUGACUUGAAUUGGUCUGAGUUCAUAUAGUUAACUCUGUAAUGACUGAUUGAUUAUUGAUUAAUCUUCUGAUUGUCUUUGUGGUUCAUUGAUUGUUUGGUUUAUCACCUUCAUGUGAUCGUUGUGUCCAAAUUUAUUAACAAACAAAAAUUCAAUUCUUCAAAUAAUCAAAAAGAAAAGCAGCAAAUCUUCAGUGAGAAACUGGAACCAGGAAAUAUAUGAAAUAAAAUUUCAUCAAAUCAUAAUAAAAAGCAGCUGCUGAUUAAUUUUCUGACA